AUGAGGUGUGAAGUAGGUGAACGAUUGAAAAUAGGUGAAGACUUUUGCACUAUACGAUUUGUUGGCUACAUCAAAGAAUGGUCAGAUGAAGUUGUUUAUGGUGUCGAGUGGGAUAACCCUGCCAGGGGAAAGCACAAUGGUACAGUGAAAGGAAAACAAUACUUCAAAAGUCACAAGAGCGGUGCCGCUUCUUUCAUCAAAGAAUCAAAAGUUUCAAAAGAAUGUUGUACACGGAAAUCGUUUUAUGAAGUAUGUUACGAUAUAUGUGCAAAUUCGGAUAUUCAGCUCGAUGACAUGUAUUUCGGUGAAAAAAGGGUAGAGACCUAUGGAUUUGAACCAUUAACGACAAGGUUCAUUCAAAACUCAAAUUUGAAUUCGUUAAGCCUUUGUAACCUUGAGAUUUACACUGCUGGCUCCGUCAAAGGUUGGAAUGGUUUGGGGAAGCUAAAUCGGCAGUUAUUACAAUUAGAUAUCUCCUCUAAUCUUUUCUCAGAUUUUCAAGACAUCUUGAAUAUUAUUUCUACAAUGCCUAAGUUACAAGCUCUUGAUUUAAGCUUUAAUAAGUUUCAUGGAGUGACGUGGAAGGAUGGACAGUCAUUUAAAAGUAUUUCGGAGCUGCGGAUGUCGUUUUGUGAUAUUUCUAUUGAUGACAUCAAGAAUGCCUUUAUGCUAUUUCCAAAUUUGAAGAAAAUCGCACUCUCCGGGAAUGAAAUGGAAUCUUUCGACAUCACUUUACCUCCUUCGCUGUUAGAAAUUGACCUGGGAGAAAAUCUACUUUGUGAUAUACCAGAAACCCUUGCAAGAUCAAAUGUUGAAACGGUCUAUUUAUCUAAGAAUCGAAUUAAGCAUAUAACAGAAGCUAAAUUUGACAGUGUGAAAACAUUAGACUUGUCUCAGAAUUUGUUGGCCGAUUGGUCUUGCGUGAAGCAGAUUAGCGCUUACUAUCCGUCGCUGAGUGAUCUCAGAAUCAACGAUAACCCAUUUACAAGAAAUGAAUCGGGUGAUUCAUCAUUUUUACUAAUACUUGCGCAAUUGAAUGAAAUUGACAUUUUGAAUGGUACAAUUUUACCAAAAGGAACUCGCGAAGAAGCUGAAAAGUAUUUAAUUUCGCAGGUGAAUAAUGGCACGUUUGAUUAUGAUACAAAUUCUAGCAACUGGCUUGCACUCUUAGAUAAAUAUGAUAUGAGAAAAAAUAACAGUGUUCAGACGGAAUUCGCUAGCUCUAUAGAAAUACUUCAACUUUCUAUCGUCUUCCAACAACAGACUAUUGGUGAAGUUUCAGUUUUGAGCUCUUACAGUAUUCGUUUUCUGAAAAGCAUUAUAUCAAGGCGGCUCAAAACGUCCAUUUUUAAGAUUAGAUUGGCGCAUUUCCUAUCACCCGGAGUGAUUCAAGAGUUUGGCCGAGAAUUUUCGCCUAUCAGCGAUUUCAGUGUUAGAUCUGGCGAUAAAAUCAUGGUUGAAAAAGUUUGA